AUGGCAGGGAUGACUGGAAACAUAACAUCAUUGCAAUCUCAAGUGUGCAUUGAAUUACCUCCCAACGUACAUUCGCAGGGCAUCAUAGGUCUGGAAAAAGACGGUCCAGGAAUGAACUAUAGUUUUCCGAUAUUGGAGAUGCAGAUGAUCCUGAUUUUCUCCAUCACCCAAGCCUUCCAUUUGAUUUUGAAGAACUUUGAAAUUCCCAAGUUCACCAGCGAGAUUCUUACGGGUAUAGUCCUAGGCCCUUCAUUCAUAGGAGCCUAUAAUGUAUUCGAGAAGCACAUCUUUCCUCGUGACAAUCAAGCUAUAAUUGUAGUGCUGGGUGAAAUUGGUUAUGAACUCUUUCUGUUUCUAGUUGGAGUAAGAAUGGACCUGGAAUUGAUAAGAAGAACAGGGCGCAAAGUCAUGAUCACCGGUAUUUUAUGCGUGUUAGUCCCUUUUGUAACCAGUAUGGUCGUCCAAAACCAUCUCAUGAUCCCUGUGUUUCAGCUGACCAAAGAUCAAAUCUCUAAGCUUCCUUAUCUAACGACAUCAUAUUGCAUGACUUCGUCUCCCGUCAUUGUUCUCCUUCUUCAAGACCUGAAUCUCCUAAAUUCUGAAAUCGGCCGACUAGCUGUGUCCGCAUCAUCAAUCAGUGAAUUAUUUGGUACUAUCUGUAUCUGGUUUUCCUCCGUAUUGUACAGAAUGGGAAAAGUGAAACCUGUGGCUGAAACUUUAUUAGUUUUCGGAGCAGUUAUUGGCAGCAUGCUAGCAUUUCUGUUCAUAUUCCGACCAAUACUGUUUUGGGUGAUUAGGCAGACCCCGCAUAACAAGCCUGUUAAAAAAAACUAUGUCAAUGCCAUAAUCGUGCUGAUGCUUUUUGUAAUAAUACUGUCACAUUAUUACGGCCAUUCUUUCCAUUUCCUGGUUUUCGUAUUGGGUCUGUCAGUCCCAGCUGGACAACCUUUGGGAUCAACUCUUGAAGAAUUGCUCCAUGUCUUCAUUUCUCAAGUGCUUCUACCCAUUUAUGUGACUGCAUAUGCAAUGAAGGCAAAUUUUCGGUUGGUCGAUUUCAAUGACCCGGCCACAGUAAUCACUGCUAUUCUCAUCGUUUUCAUUUUUCUGCUCAAAAUCAUAGGCAGCAUGGUUGCUCCAUUGUAUUGUAAAAUGCCCUUGAACGAUGCAUUUGUGCUUGCUCUCAUUCUAAGCUCCAGAGGCAUUGUCCAACUUUCCGUCUAUACUCGAUUCAAAGACGAUCAGACUGCAAGUGAAUCGAUACAUGCUUUGAGUCUUGCUAGCAUUGUAGUGACUGCAACUCUUGUGCCCAUUAUCGUGAACCGCCUCUAUGAUCCUGCAAAGAAAUACAGAGUCUACGAAAGAAGGGAUAUUAUGCAUUUGAAACCCAAUGCUGAGCUCAAAAUUCUUGCCUGCAUUCACAGGUCAGGUAACAUUCCUGCAGUCAUCAAUCUACUUGAUGCAGCAUGCCCAUCUAAAGAAAACCCCAUUGAUAUAUAUGUUCUUCACCUCAUCGAAUUAAUUGGAAGAAGCUCCCCAGUUUUUAUCUCCCACCAAAUGCAGAAAAAGAGCAUUUCCAAUGGUUACUCGGACAAUGUCAUUCUUUACUUCAAUAAUUUCGUGAGAGAAAAUCUUGGUGCUGUUACCUUAAACAUAUUCACAGCAAUCUCUCCACCAAAAUACAUGCAAGAAGACGUAUGCACACUUGCAAUGGACAAGCACACAUCCCUUAUUGUGCUCCCGUUUCAUCGAAAAUGGGCGAUUGACGGGUCUAUUGAGUCAGACGACAAUGCAACAAGGACACUAAAUCGCAAUGUACUCGAAAGAGCUCCUUGCUCGGUAGGCAUCCUUGUGGACCGUGGCCAUUUAGGCCUGUCCACCUCUGUUGUGGCUUCAGCACAAUCAUUUUCCGUGGCUGUAAUCUUCUUCGGUGGGGAAGACGAUAGGGAGGCAUUAACAUUUGCAAAAAGAAUGGCCAGCGACUCGGGGAUUAACUUAACUGUGAUCCGAUUAGUUGCUGUGACUAAUGAUUUUACUACCGGUGGGGAAUGGGAUAAAAUACUUGAUACUGAGUUAUUGAAGGAGUUUACACACAGUCAGGCGGGUGAAGGGUUUGUGAUAUUUUUAGAGGAGUUGGUGAAAGAUGGACCGCAAACAGCAUUACUACUAAGGUCUAUAGUGGAUGAGUAUGAUCUAAUUAUAGUUGGGAGAAGGUUUCAGGCAGAGUGCCCUCAGACUGCAGGACUUUCGGAAUGGAGUGACUUUCCUGAGCUAGGGACUAUAGGAGACCUGCUUGCAUCAACCGAUUUAAACUGUAAAACUUCAAUUCUAGUGAUAAAACAUCAACUACAGAACACUUAAGUGAAGAGUCUGGGUGCAAAAGAUGUACAUAUGUUUCAAGCUUUCGCAGAUCACGUUAAUUUGAUGGUCUUUGGAAUUUUUUCACCUUUCUGAUUUUUAAUUUUUAUUUUUAUUUCUAUUUUUUCAUGUAACGCUUUCACUGAAAUUGAUAUUUGUCGAUACCUUACUGGCUCCUGAAGUUUCAG